GUGAAUAAAAGAGGCGGUCAAAGUUCACAUACUGUAACUAUGGUCAGAACAAUACCAUCACCAGGCAUGGCACUUCAAAUCCUAGCAGUGAUCUGCAUUGUACCGGCACUGUUUAACGUACAAGCGGUAACGGCAGCCCCCAAUGUGACGGCCCCGACGGGAAGAGUGGCCGGACUCGAGCUGGACGUUCUGGGAACCGCGGUUAACGCCUUCCUGGGGAUCCCCUUCGCUAAACCGCCCACAGGGGAGCAACGAUUCAAACGUGCGGAGCCCAAAGAACCAUGGGACGGGACAUACCAGGCAACAAGUAACCCUAACGCGUGCAGUCAAGAAGUCUACGAAGAAGAAUAUUUUCUGUGGGCAAUGAACACACCAGUCAGCGAGGACUGUUUGUACCUCAACAUUUGGCAACCAAACCCCGUCCCUACAGCAGCUGCUGUCAUGGUCUGGAUAUAUGGAGGAGGAUUUUACGCGGGCUCGGCUUCACUUGUUAGCUACGAUGGGAGAUACCUAGCGGCGACUGAGGGGGUAAUAGUGAUGGGGAUAAACUACCGACUCAGCGCACUCGGAUUCCUGUAUGACGGCACCGACCAAGCGCCCGGGAACGUCGGCCUUACGGACCAGGUCCUGGCGCUACAGUGGAUACAGGACAACAUCGCAUCUUUCGGAGGGGAUCCUUCGAAAGUCACGCUUUUUGGGGAAAGUGCUGGUGGAAUCAGUAUUGGGUAUCAUCUCAUCUACCCUGGGAGUUGGAAUCUUUUCAGCCGUGCGAUUCUACAGAGUGGGACAGCCCUGAUGGAAUGGGGACUGGAUACCAAGGCAGACGCGUACGACAAAGCUGUGAGCCUGGCCAAAGGUCUCGGAUGCCCCACAGAGCAAGGCGAAAUGCUGGCGUGUCUUCGAAACAAGGACGCGCAACUGCUUGUGAAUUCCUCAGUCUCGCAACUGGGAUACACUGCACCUAUCCUAGAUGGUAGCUUCAUUCCGGAAAGCCCGCCCAGUGCCUUGGAAACUGGUACAUUCAAGAAAGCAGACAUCCUCCUCGGUUCCAACGAAGACGAAGGCACCUACGGCUUCGUUUACGGCCAAUCGCCCGGCUUCAGCGAAGACACGGAAAGCCUCAUCACCAAGGAACAGUUUCGGGAAGGGAUCGUGUACAACGUUCCUGUGCUGAAUGACUUUGCUGCUGACGCUGCAGCCUUUCAAUACACCGACUGGGAACAGCUGGGCAAGGAAACGAUGUAUCGCGACGCACUGAAUUCUCUCUACAGCGAUUUUUACUUCAUCUGCCCGGACGUCAACAUUGCACGUGCCCACGUCAGGAACGGUGCGUCGGCCUACAUGUACCGUUUCGCCCACCGUGCCUCGAUCUCUCCCUUCGCUCCUUGGAUGGGCGCUAUCCACGGGGAGGAGAUACCGUUUGUUUUCGGCCUGCCCCUGGAUCCGACCUUCGGUUUCAACGAGGAGGAAAAGGCGCUAACUCGAAGGAUGAUGCGGCACUGGGCAAACUUUGCCAAAACAGGAACUCCAAACAACAACACAGGCGGAGUUUGGAGUGCCUUUAACGAGAGUGCUGGAGGCUACAUGGUGCUGGACACCCUCGAUGCCAGGAUGUUGACCGGCCCGAGCACGGUGAACUGUGCUUUCUGGGACAACUACGUGAAACCACUCAGGAACAAGACAGAGGCUUUGAUGAAUAAUGCAGGAAUGUCCAGUCCGUGUGAGGUUACCUCUGGGGCACCAGGAAACCACCACACAGGAAUACUGGCAACGAUCCUGGCACCAUGCGCUCUGGUCAUCUUACAGCUUACCACUAUGAAUCAUUUGUAAUAUUAUGAUACCAACUACAGCCAUAUACAUAAUGUAGAGUAUACUUAUAGUCUAGAGCAUGAUGAAUUUUAGUAUGAAUAAUAUGAUCAUCUUUGUCACAGUGAGUAGAGAUGUACUAGUAUUAUGAAAAGAACUUAGAAACAGCUUUAAUACUGUCUUUUUUCUCUUUAAUUUGGUCUUUGCAGUUGAGGAUAAGUGACUAUAUGUGCAGCUGCUGUUACAAUUAUACAUUCAUCUCAGAAGCGUGUGCCUGUAGUGUUUUUUUUUUUUUAAGAUGUGACAAAACUUCAUUUUUUCAUACAAGAAUUGUAACUCUAGCCUGGAUGCCAUCCGCUUCAUAACGGCGCUCUUUGCACUUACUGACCCCUACGGUUGUCAAGAGUUACCUGGGGCAUUUAAGUUUAUGUAAUUAAAAAAGGGGUAACAUA